GGCGGUUCUUCAAUUAUAUCGGAACGUGUGGUUCUGAAUCUCAGCCUGGCUGAAUAUUUCGUUUUCUCUGGAUUCUACGGCGAACUGUGUAGAAAUGUCGGGUCUUAAUUACAGCAAGUGGGACCACAUUGAGGUUUCUGAUGACGAAGACGAUACUCAUCCUAAUAUAGAUACACCCAGCUUGUUUAGAUGGCGCCAUCAAGCUCGUCUAGAAAGAGAUGCUGCUUGGAAGAAGGAAAAGGAAGAGUUUGAGCAGAAUUAUAAAUCUUUCUUAGCUAAAUACAAUGAAUCACAACAGAAAUUAAAUCAAGCUAAAGAGGCUGGUGCUGAAGAUGUGAAUGAGUUGCAGAAACGUUUUGAAGAACUUGAAGUUGAAGCCAAAAAAUGGCUCGCUAAAGAAGCUGAAAUGAAGAAGAAAGAAAGGCUGAGACCUUUGAAUAUUGAUACAAUUUGCAAAGAAGGGAAGUCAAAAACAUGUAUCAACUCAUCUAAACUGAAAUAUGAUGAUGACACUAGCAAAAACGAUAAUCCUGAAGAGGCAGCAGUUAAUCGUCUAAAAGAUUUUGUCAGUAAACAUAACAGUGCUAUACGAAAAUUUGGAUUAUUACGCAAACCAUUAUGCUCUCAAAAUUAUCUUAUUGAGAAUCCAUAUCUUGUUUGUGAAGAAACAGCUAAUCAGCUUGUUAUUUGGUGUGUUGAAUUAGAAAUGGAGAAGAAAUCCGAACUAAUGAAGCAUGUAUCUCAUCAAUGUAUAGUUUUGCAGUUUAUGCUUGAGUUGGCAAAAUCACUUAAGGUUGAUCCAAGAGCAUGUAUUCGGCCAUUCUUUGCCAAAUAUAUAAAUCCUGAGCCAGAAUAUCAGAAAGCAUUCAAUGAUGAACUUACAGCAUUCCAAGAAAGAGUUCGUGCUCGUGCCAAAGUUCGUUUAGAAGAGGCUGUAAUGCAGAUUGAAGAGGAAGAGAAACAGAAACGUCUUGGCCCAGGUGGUCUUGAUCCAGUCGAAGUUUUUCAAUCAUUGCCAGCGGUAAGUAAACACGCCCUAUUAUUAUUAUUAUUUGUUGAGUUGAUUAUGAAUUUUACCGGUACGAGAAUUGGAGUCUUCUUUCUUACAUAUUUAGAGACAAUCAGUUGUUGGGAUUUACUAUAUUGUGUUGUUCAAGUUACACCAUCCAGUGGACUGGAUUAUAAGGACAGUGAUCGUUAAUCUAGAUACUGCUGCAACCCAGGUUUUCUUUCCAACUUCAAUCAUCACUCAAUCACUUGGUUCAGUCAGUCAAGCUAAGUCUAUCUCAGAUAGUCUUAUCAGUAACUGGUCGGUAGUGUUCAGUCUAACCACCGUGAAAUUGGUCACUACAUUGUCAUUAACAAUUUCCUAAGUGUAUUUAUCGAUUUAUAUAGGUGACUGAUCAAUCAGAAAUUUUCUAAAUGAAAACGGAUAUCCUGAAUAGCUCAACAAAGCGAACAUAUCUUACGUUAAUUCCAAACGUGAAUUGAUAAUAAUGGACAAGAAAUCACUGUUUCUGCACAUUUACAGUCCAAUGGAAAAUGCCAAAAGUGACAAACAGAAUGUUUUGUUUCAGUCGUCUUUUUAUAUCUCUCAGUAAUCGUUUAGUGCUCAGUUUAAGAGAAAAGAAUAAUUUACCUGAUUUUAGCUCCUCAUCGUGUAUGUACCGAAUAAAUUUCCUGAGGAACAAGUUAUAUAUAGCGUAAGUUAAGCAGGUGCGUAUUCGAAUAUGAGAACAUUUGCUGUCUUGGCUAAGAAAAGGCGAGAUCGAGGCAAUAAAUCCUAUUCUAGCGCGCGCGCACACACACACAGUGGACACAGCACCACGUAGAUGCUUACACCGUGUUCCGAAAACAUUACCAAAUGUAGCUCGCCAAAUUCAAAAAAAAACGAAACGCUAUUCCCAUCAUUCUUGUUUGCCAUCCGUUUUAUCUCAUCAUCAUUCUUGAUACACAUCAGUCAUCUUAACAUGUGUCAAUCCACAUAUCAUUUUCAGUAUGUAUUUACCACAAACGACCUGUUUUUACGCUGAAUAAUUCCAUUUUAUAACUGUAGAAUAUCAGUGAGAAUUUACGGAGAAGACUAUCCUUUUUCCAUAUUCUCUUUCAAUUAGAGUAAGUCUAAUCACCAUACAGAAAAAAUCCAACACUAAGCAAAUGAUAUUCGAGUUGUUCUGUUAUUAAAAGCAUGUUUAAGAAGUUGGUGUGUAUCAUAGACAACAAUAAUUUCCGUUAUUAGCAUAAACUUGGUAAGGAUGCUAUUGUUGAACGUAUAUGUCUAUCCAAAUGAACAUUCAUUGUUUACAGAAUCUUCAGGAGUGUUUUGAGAAGAAAGAUGUAGAGUUGUUGAAAACCGUAUUGUGCAGUAUGGAUCCACAACAAGCUGAAUAUCAUAUGAAGAGGUGUGUUGAUAGCGGUUUAUGGGUCGAUAAUGCUCAUGCAGAAGAAGAACCAAGUAGUCAGGCUGAAAGUGAUGGCAACACAAAUCAAACAGAAGAAACACCAGUCGAACCAACUGAUACCCUUUAAAUAUCAUAACUCACUAUGUGUACACUUACCACCAAUUUUAAACUUCUUAUAUUCCAAUGCGUUUUCGUCUUUUCUUCUGUCUAUCAAGUCCCUUCACUGACUCAUUCUAUACGCAAAUGCUUAACUCUAACGUAUUCGCGUAAGAUUGCACUAUGUAACUUUCAAACUACAUGAAUUUGUGCAUACU